ACCCACACACUAACCCACACCCUACUGACACCCACACUAACACCCACACACCCAGAACCAUACACACACCCCGCCGCACUCACAGCCACACCUACACCCUCAAGAUAUAUGGUAGUGCGGUGAGACCUGCCACCCUGGAUAUAAUAGAUGUUAAUAAUACUCUAAUGUCCCAUUUAAUUCAAUGCUUAUGAUGAUAUGAGUACUGAAUUCAGCAAAAAAAAUGUGAAAAUGAAAAAUGAAGAGCGAAUAGUAACAGUGGAAGCGAUCAAUACGACAUCCGUAAGAAGAAAAAGAUUUCUGCUCGAAAUGCAGACAUGAAUACGCCAAACAUUUACUUUGGGGAUUGAUUAUCUGCGAACAGAGCUAUAGUAUAAGAAUUUUUAGAGUUCACGUACUUUUUAUUAGUUUAACAAGACCAAAGAACAUAUGUGAUUUCCACAUUUCAUCUUCAGAGAAGCUGCCAUAAUAAGCUUUUACUCAUGACCAUUUUAACUUUGUUGUCUGAAAGGUUCUGCAAGUUUCGUAGGAGUUUAUGCCACCAAUUCAUUUUGGGAAAAUCUCUGAUGAGCAGUUCAAGUCAUUUACUACUUCCAAGACUCUGGAAUAUUUUCGUUUCGCAUCUUCAAUAAAAUAUAGUGUGUGUAUGUACACUUUUGUUUACUGUCCACGAAUUUCCUGAUUAUUGUUUGACUGAGUCGAGUUUUAUAGAUGAAAAUGGCUGUGAGGUGGUGGAUGGGUGUGAAGAGAAGAAUCAUAGCCACCCAUGCAUCCAUCUGACUGGAAUGCUUACAUUCAUUUAUUUUAGAUUGGAACGCCGGUCAUAGUAGGCGGCAUAUAUCCGUAGUUUGGGUUUAUUUAAGAUCACAGUUUACUGGAUAGGUUUUUUUCAAAAAAAACGACAGCAAAGUAUUUCAUUGUGUCCAAAACGCAUACAAGACAUAUUGCCAUGAUAACUGCAAGAGAGAAAAGAAAUGUUUUUGGAAGAAAAAGCAAUUUUAUUUGUUUUGAUCGGAGCUAUAACACAUUGCUGUUUUUAUUACAUUCAUUUUGCUGGAUUACAAUUUUUGGGUUAAUUUUUAUCUUGUAUAUUGGCGUUAUCUGUCGUGCUGAUAUACAUUCAGAAACAUUCCUUACAACUGAUUUAAUUGCUGUUAACUCGAGAAAACAUGCAGCAAAGACAUUGCCUUCAUACGAAUGUAAUAAUGGCACAACUUUUCCUUCAGAAAUUACCACGACUCAUUUCGCUAUCAACCGUGAAUGUCGUCUGCCUGUCUUUCUUAUUCCCAACACCGAAUCUGUUACCCUUCUAAUUAUAAUUGCAAUUAAUCGUGCUGAUAUCAUCGAACUGAAUUAUGCAACCGCACUAGCUUUCCUACCGAACAGCUCUUUUGAUUACGUAGUGUUUGAUCAUAGCUUCAGCAGUCAACCAGAAAUAACACAGACGAUAAAUAACACAUGUAAGCAGCUCAACGUCAAAUAUAUUCGAGUUCCCAGAUUUCUAGAAAAGGGUGGACCAUCAGCAUCACACAGUGCAACGGUACAAUGGAUUAUUCAGAAGCAUGCGUCAAAACAUAGAGGCCGCGUAUGGUUUCUUGAUGUUGACAUGUUUUUCUUGAAUGAUUGGGUAUGGGAAGAGGUAAUGCCUUCAACAAAAUAUGAUAUCAUGACCGUUUGGCAACGUCGGCCACGUCAUCAUGUGCCUGGUCCAUACAUUUUCUAUAUAUGGCCUAAUUUCUUUGUGUUUCGAGAAAUUCAAGCUAUCCCCAAUAUAUCAAAGUUGACAUGGAAAAGCACGACUAUUAAUGGACAGAGUCUAGAUUCGGGAGGCGAAACCUAUUUUUGGAUUAAUGCUCAUCCAAAAGUUCGCAUCAAAGGCAUUUGGCAAACACCUUACGGUAUAGACGGUGAUCUAACAGGUUCUCAGACUCAAUACUAUCGUCAAACACCGCAAAUGAUCGAAAAAAUUCAUAGGAACCCAGAUCUUUUCCAACUGAUAUGGCCAAAAGAUCCAAUAAUAGCAAAAACUUACGACCAUGCCAUUAUAGGUGACUUUCACAUUUUACAUUAUAGAGCUGCCAGUAACUGGAACCACGCAAGUCACAUUUUUGCGAUCCAAAAGUGGGCCAGAAUAAAAGGCGCAGUAAUGAAGGCUUUAAGUGACAAGAAAACUCAAAAUAAUCAGGAGCUUGAGGACUAUCACAAGUGUCAACAACAGAGAGAUACAAACACUUUCAACAAUAAAACAAAGUUCGAACAAGCCCACUAA